AUGCACGUGGGCGUGCCUCUUCCCAUAAAGCCAGGCUCUACCCUCCCUUCCCUCAACGCCAAAACCUCUUUGCUACGCAGACCGGUCGUGCCUGCUGUACUACCAGAGGGGAGGCUGGACGGAUCAGGGUUUAUAGGAGGGUCAGGUUUUAAGAGUGCAAGCGGAGGGGCGCAUUUUGUGGCCUCGAGCAGGUUUAAAGAAGGGUUAGGGGCGCAUUAUUCUACCCAGCAGCCAAACGUGUUCAAGACAACCGUGGCUGUGGCUUUUGUGCCUCCUCGUCCUGCUGCCGCUGCUACGGCUGCCGUUACUCCGGCUGCUGCUGCUCCUCCUCCUGCUGCUGCUGCUGCUGCUGCUGCUGCUGCUGCUGCUGCUGCUGCUGCUGCUGCUGCUGCUGCUGCUGCUGCUGCUGCUGCUGCUGCUGCUGCUGCUGUUCCCCCUGCUGUUCCCCCUGCUGUUCCCCCUGCUGUUCCUGCACACCCGCCCCCCGCUGCCCCCCCUGCUCCCCUUACUGCCCCUGGUGUCGCUCUCGAAUCUGCUGCUUCGGUUUGUCAGGUGGCAGGGUUGGCGAGCAAGAGAAUUGACAGAGAAAGAGGAUGGACGGGUGAGGGAGACGAGCGACUGGGAGAAAGAGAGGGCAAGGAAAGGAGUGAGGGAGUGAGUGUGAGCAGGGAAGAGGGAGAGGAGGGGAAAGUGGUUGUUACUGGGGGGAGGAGGUGGAGGAGGGAAGGAGGAGUGUGGAGCGUGGAGGAGAUUGAAGUGGGAAAGGAGGGGGCAGGGGGAGAAGCAGAGGAAGAGAAGAAUGCAACAGAGGUGGGGAGGGUGCGCAGAGGAGACAGUGUUACAGGAACGGCAACAGAAUGCAUGGCGGCAGGAACAGGAGUAAGAGGAGAGGAACAGGUGAGGGCAGGAGAGGGGGUGAGACGGCCGGAAUGGGUGGUUGGGCAAGAAGGGCUGAGGAAGAAGAGAGGAGGAGCAGCAGAAAUAUGUGCGACAGGCAGAGCUGCUGCGGCGGCGGCGGCUGCUGCUGCUGCUGCUGGUGCUGGUGCUGGUGGUGGUGGUGCUACUACUAUUAUCCCAAAAUCAGCCUUUUUAAAGUCCGCUUCGUCCAAAUCAGGCCGUCUCAAAUCGGCGGGAUCGAAAUCAGCAGCAGCAGCAGCAGCGGGUAUGUCUAAAACGGGGAUAUCCGGGGCAGAGAAGCGGGAGCACAGGAGAACGAGCAAGGCGGAAAGAAAAGCAGCUAGAGAAGCAGCAGCCAACACAUCUGCACCCACCCGAGCCGAGAUAAUCGAAGUGGGAAAAGCAGGAAUGGCGGUUAAAGACCUAGCGGGCCUUCUAGCGGUCGGCGAGGGGGAUAUAGUGCGCGCACUGUUCAUGAAGGGCGUUAUAACGAACGUGAAUCAGGCUCUUAACGAGGAUAUGGUGGCGGUGGUGUGCAGGGAGUAUGGGGUGGAAGUGCUUGGGCCGCAGGAGGGCGGCGUGGAAGAAAGUGCGAGGAAGGUUCGGGAGUUUGUGGGGGAGGAGGAUCGGGAGCACCUGGUGCCGCGGCCGCCUGUUGUGACUGUGAUGGGACACGUGGACCAUGGGAAGACUUCACUACUCGACUACAUUCGGCACACCAAGGUGGCAGCAGGGGAGGCAGGGGGGAUCACUCAGGCCAUCGGUGCUUACCGUGUGCACUUGCCCUCUGCUGCUCCUGCUGCUGCUGUUGGUGCUGAUGCUGAUGCUGAUGGUGUUGCUGCUGUUGAGAAGGCUGCUGCUGGGACUUGUGUUUUUCUCGACACACCAGGGCAUGAGGCCUUCAGUGCUAUGCGUGCCCGGGGAGCACGUGUAACAGACAUAGCAGUGGUGGUGGUGGCAGCAGACGAUGGGGUCAUGCCUCAGACCUCAGAAGCCAUAGCCCAUGCGCGCGCUGCCAACGUGCCCAUGCUCAUCGCUAUCAACAAGAUUGACCGGGAGGGAGCGAGUGUGGAGAGGGUAAAGCACCAGCUGGGGCAAGCAGGGGUGCUGCCAGAGGAAUGGGGCGGAGAUACACCUAUGGUGCCGGUGAGCGCCAAGACAGGAGAGGGCGUGGAUCAGCUUCUCGAGACGAUCAUGCUCCUGGCCGAGAUUCAGGAGCUCCAGGCCAACUCGAAUAGACCAGCAGUGGGGACAGUGAUAGAAGCGAGAUUGGACCGACACAGAGGACCUGUGGCAAUGCUGCUAGUGCAGAAUGGGACGCUGAAGCUGGGAGACGUGGUGGUUUGCGGGGAGGCGUAUGGCAAGGUUCGAGCCUUGGUAGGUGAUACGGUGACCAGGGCAGCAGCAGCACCCCCAUCCACAGCAGUGCAGGUGGAGGGGCUCUCCCAUGUGCCGGUGGCAGGGGACGAGUUCCACGUGCUGCCGUCCAUUGAUGCAGCCAGGGGCAUGGCUGAGGAAGCUGCUGAAAAAGCGCGAACGGCUCGGCUGGCAACGAUGCAGGGAGAGGCGAAAGUAACCCUCUCUGCUUUCGCCACUGCUGCUGGCGCUGGUGGUGCUGCUGCUGGUGCUGCCGCUGCUGCUGGUUCCGCUGCUGCUGCUGGUUCUGGUGCUGGUGCUGGGACUUCUAGCGCUGCUGGUGCAGGGAGAGAAGGAGAGGAGAGGGGGGAGGAGGAGGAAGAAGUGGAAUUGCAUGUGGUGAACGUGAUUCUGAAGGUGGACUGUCAGGGGUCGGUUGAGGCAGUCAGAGAGGCAUUGAGUGCCUUGCCCCAAGACACCGUGUCACUGCGCUUCCUGCUGCAGGCCCCUGGUGACGUGUCGAGCAGUGACAUUGACCUGGCAGCGUCCAGCUCAGCGGUCGUGCUGGCAUUCAACGCGGGGGUGUCGCCAGCUGUCGCACCAACGGCGGAGAUGAGGGGCGUGCGAGUGAGGCAGCACCGGGUGAUCUACGAUAUGGUGGAGGAGGUUCGAGCGAUUAUGGAGGGGCUGCUUCAUACUGUAGAGGAGAGCUCGUUCCUCGGCCGGGCGGAGGUGCGGGCAGUUUUCGGCACGGGCAGCACGCGGGUGGCAGGAGUCAUGGUGACAGAGGGGCAGCUGCAAAAAGGAUGCAUUGUUGUAGUGAGGCGUGGUGGGGGAAGGGGCGGUGGUUUGAGGGGUGGGAGUGUUGGUGCAAUGGCUGCUGAACAAGAGAAAGCCAAGAACGUGAAGGGGAAGAGAGACAAGUCGGGCGAAGCAUUGGGAAUGAGGCGGCAGCAGAAGCAGCAGCAGAAGCAUUUGGAGGGUCGCUGGGUGCAUUCAGGGCAGGUGACGUCUCUUCGGCGCGUGAAGGAGCAUGUGGGGGAGAUGGUAUAUGGGCUGGAGUGCGGUGUGGGUGUGGAGGGCUUUAAUGGGUGGCAGCAGGGUGACUAUAUCGAAGCCUAUGAGGUGACGCAUAGGGCUCGGACGCUAGAGGAUGCGUCUAAGGAGAUUGCGCGAGUGGUGGAAGGCAAACGAGGGGCCCUGGGGAUGGAUCUGUCGUAG